AUGAAGAACAAUGACAAAUAUGUCUCAGUGUGCCGUGAAAAUGUUGCAAAAACUGAAGUGUACCAUAGUAAAAGAAGUUUAAAAACCACUGAGCAAGAGAGUCGAAAACAAAAGUCGAAAUUCGGUAUGUCGUUACGGUGUUUCAAAAGACGGUAUUCCGGACAGUUUGCAAUCAAAUUACCAGAUUUUCGAGGAAUCGAAACGGAAGGAUUGUUCCUGGAAUUAAAAACUGGUAUUCUAAAACUGUAA